UACAAGAAGCCAAAACAAUUCGAACAAAAAUCAGAAUCAUUGCCAAUGUCUAAAUAUUUUCGUAAAAUAAAAAUUUUCUUCAUGGAUAAAUAAUGAUAUUUUUAUGAAGUCAAAAUUGUACAGUUUACAGUAAUAUCAGUACACAAUAAAAAUGACUCAAUUAAUUGAUAGUUUGAGAUCAAAAGGCUAUGUGUCCCAGACUGAACUGGAAGAGAUGCGAGGUUGUGAUGGGAUUCUGCCGUUGAGCCCGUACCCGACUGGGAGGCUGGUCAUACGGUUCUUGCAAGAGAAGGCAGAUGGAGCCACGUUGACUGAAAUCCUCCAGCACCUGCGGACCCAGUACCACAAAGACUCGCGAGAUUUACCCAACGCCGUACAGUCUAUUCUUGAGAGUGGAACAGCAAUGGGAUUUCUUGAGAGAAAAGGAUCAUGUUUCGUAAAUUGGUUAGCUCGGGAGCAGUGUUGCAGUCAUUCGCGACGCCGUCGCCGGCGGCGCCGGCGCGGGGGCUGCAGUUGCCGCCGGCGCAGCCGCAGCCGGCGCCGCCGCCGCCGCCGCCGCUGCAACCAACGCCGCUGCAACUGCCGCCGCCGGCGCCGCCGCCGCUGCUGACAGCCACCUCUGCCAGAGCCCAAGCCCUGGCAGAUCAAACGCCGCUGUCGCCAACAGACUUAGGAGGGGCAGGGAUAAUUGUCAAAACAGUUAUUAUUAUUAUCAUUAUAUAGUAAAUUUGGUGCUGUCAUAAUUUCCGUAGUGAAACCUGUGUUUACUAUUUAACGACUUACAAUUUCACUAUGUAACGUUGUAUUAUUUAGCUUCUUGGCACCACUUUGUUAUGAUUCUUAGACUUUUGUAAUAUCACGGUUUAGACAAUAUCCCUGCGACAUAACUACGUAUAUUAUGCAAUCUGGCGAUAAAUAUCUGCUUGCUAUUUCGCGCUAACCUAAGUGAAAUUGCAGCAUUAGGUAUCGAAUGUGGACUGAACUAUUGGAAUACUUAAAAUGUGUAAUGAUAGGACGCACCGCAGUAUGCAGCUUGUUGAGUUCAAGAUGACCUCCAGCUUUUUUAUCUGAUUUUGUGAUGGUUUUACUUGUGGUGUUAAAAAUGUGCAUGUGCAUUGUGGAAAUUUAAUAAAUGUGUAUGGUGUUAU